UUUGCUGCUGGACCCGGAGCGAGCGGCGGGUUUGCGUUGGCCUUUGGCGAGGGGCGGCCGAGGAAGAAGAGGCGCACGGGGGUGGCAGGGGUAGGGGAGGACCCCAGGGUUGCUUCUCCCCCUCCUGUCUUCCAGCCCUCCCCUCCCCCUUCUCCUCGGGCCUCUCUCCCUGCUUCGUUCGGAUCGGCCUCUCUCGUCCUCCUUAAACCGGAUCAGCUCCUCUUCCUCCUCCUCCUCUCUCCCCUUUGAACCGGAGCGCUUCUUCCUUCACUCCCGUUGCCAGCGGCGUUUCUCUCUCUCUCUCUCCCCUUGUCCCCCUUUCUAAGGCGGAGGCUGGGGGCUUCAGAGGGGCUGCUUUCCUGGGCCGGGGGGGGGGGGGGGGGGGGCUUCCUGCUUGCAACUGCCACCGCAGACCCCUUUCUCCGACCUCUCCCACGUUCCCGUCCUCCUGCCUUAAGGGUCUCUCCAUCCGGGGUGGGGUAGGGUAGGGGGUGGCGGGGUGGGGGGCUCCCAGCGGCUGACUGCCCUGGGAUGGGGCGAGGGGGCCCUUCCCCCCGCUCCCAGCCCGGGUUCGCGAGGCCAAGGAAGAAGGGUCCGAUCCCCCGCCUUCUUCUGGCCCCGGCGCCGGGGACCUCGCCGCCUCUUUCCCGAUGGUGCAGCUGGUAGCGCUGGUGUGGCGAAGGUUGUUACGCAAGCGGUGGGUCCUGGGCAUCGUCUUCGGGCUGUCCCUCAUCUACUUCCUUAACAGCACCUUCAAGCAGGAAGAGAGAGUGCUGAGGGACCGGAAUUUCCCGCAAGCUCCGGACGAAAAUCGCCCCAUUGCCUGGAAAGUCCACUUCAGCUUGGGGAAUAGCAGCCAGCCGAAUAACCAGUGUCGGAACUCUGUCCAAGGAAAGUUGUUGAUCACGGAUGAGCUGGGCUACAUCUGCGAAAGGAAGGACCUGCUGGUGAAUGGGUGUUGCAACGUGGAGGCGCCCAGUGUCAAGUUGUACAGCUGCGACAGCUGCCUGCCCAGCGGCUGUUGCAGUGUCUAUGAGGCCUGUGUGUCCUGCUGCUUACAGCCCAACAAGCAACAGCUCCUCGAGCAUUUUCUGAACCGAGCGGCAGUGGCCUUCCAGAAUCUCUUCACGGCUGUGGAAGAUCACUUUGAGCUCUGCCUAGCCAAGUGCAGGACCUCCUCCCAGAGUGUGCAGCAUGAAAACACCUACCGCAACCCCAUUGCAAAAUACUGCUAUGGGGAAUUCCCCCCAGAUCUCCUGUCUGUGUGAAAGUGCCCGAGAAACUGACAAAAUUAGACUUGCAGCAUGGCUGAGAGAGAGAGA